GAUGUUUAUGCUUGAAUGAGCCUCAACAUUGCCUCAGGGCCUUGGAGUUAUGGGAGGAUAGCUCUGAGUUCUAAGCUCCGCCUCCGCCCCCACCCCAGCCACUUAGAUUAUAUAGCAGAGCUCCAACAGGCAAAGGAGAAGAAAACGAGCUGGAUUAUGAGAGAGGUAUCCAACCACAUGGCUUUUACUGAAACCGAGAAACCUACUGAGAUGUCUGCAGAGAAGAAGGUGAAAAAAAGGAAAAACUGGAACAACAAAAUCCAGUUUCUGCUGAAUAGGAACCCCCAGCCCAGACUGGCCUUGAGGAGAAAAAAACCAUACGGGCCAAGUGUUGAUGACGUGAACCAAUGGGCGCAGUCACUAGACAAACUACUCAACCAUAAAUAUGGGAAAACAGCCUUCCGCCUAUAUCUUAAGUCAGAGUUCUGCGAGGAGAAUAUCGAGUUUUGGAUGGCCUGCGAGGACUUCAAGUUGCUGAAAACACGCAGAGAAAAAGUGACGAAGGCCAAAAAGAUGUAUAAGGAGUUCAUCAAACCCGACGCUCCCAAGGAGAUAAACCUGGAUUAUCAAACGAGAGAUAACAUCAUUCAGAGUCUUGAUGACCCCACAACAACAAGCUUCCUGGCAGCUCAGAAGAAGGUCUACAGCCUCAUGGAGAACAACGCGUACCCCAGGUUCAUCCAUUCCGACUUCUACAAAGAACUCUUUGCAGCUGCAAGAGCAAAGGAAGAGCAUAUCAAGUCCUAGUCAAACAUACUCCCCCUCCUGAAGUCAUUUGUUUACUGCUGUGAAACUGAAGGGGAAUGGUGUUCACUCCAGGCCCUGGCUCAGGAUAGCAAGUGUGGAAAAUUUGAACGUGAAGCCCCUAGCUGAGUGUGGGGUUUUAGAGGGAGCUGGGUGGAUGAGGCUGGCUGCGAUGGGGUGCUGCAUCAGGUGCUCAACACAAGACCAAGGCAACAUUUCAUCACCUGCUUAUCACAUUUUCAUUGCUACUUUUUUAAAUCCAAAGUAUUUUGCAAAGGCACACUUUCAAAUCCUGAUAAUGUUCAGGGUUUUUUUUUGUUGCUGUUUUAACAUAAAAAAAAUGCACAAAUUAAGUUUUCAUACAUAGUCUAACAUAAUGCCGACAGUGACGCUGAAUGUAUUUUUUUUGUUCAUUUUUUGUUAAAAUCAUACACUUCCUGUAUUGUUUUGUGUGUGUGUGCGUGUUUACACAAUAAGUGCCAAUCUGAUUUUUAUAUAAACGUCCACAGUUACUGGUGAUGGCAUUUUUUGGCCUGAAAAUUUGUGAAAACAUACUGUAAAAAGAUUCAGCGUGUAUAUUUAAGCUUCAGCAGCUGGACUGCCCUUGUAAUAAAAUGUGUUUUUAAUGCUUUGAUUUGUGACGUCUAUGUAUUUUACAAUCAUUUUUCAUGCAUAUCUUACUUAAAUUGUAUCCCCCAAAAAUAUUUAUUGUUACCCAUGACUUAUAGAAAAUGUGUAUUUAAUGUGAAGGCAAUAAUAAAUAUUCUUUUCAACGUGG